AUGGCCACCGCAAAACCUGGAGUCUCCCUGGCAGAUUGGGUGUGUCUGAUUGAGAACGAGUCUCGCUACAACACCCGAGCCACGAACAAAAACAAGGAUGGCUCCACAGACUACGGCCUUUUCCAGAUCAACAGUAAAUACUGGUGCUUGGAUGGAGGAGUGAGCAGGGCCAACGGCUGCAAUAUCAACUGUCAAGGAGUGAGCCGGGCCAACGGCUGCAACAUCGACUGUCAAGAACUUUUCCAACUGGGUGAGGCCGUCUCAUGUGCCAAACGUGUCGUGCAGGACCCCAACGGCAUCCGGGCCUGGGUGGGCUGGGUGAAAAACUGUGACAGAGAUCUGAGCCACUUCCUGGAUGGAUGUGGAGUCUAG